GGCGGAUGCUGCAGAUCCAGAGCUGAGGAUCUUCAUGAAGGACUUCAACAGUUUAUUUAAUAACUACCGAGAAACUCGAGAUGACCGCUGCUCUCACAACAACUACAUCAUUUACAGGCUGAAUAUGAACAAUAAUCGUAUUACAAACAGUAAAAACAAGCAUAUUUGACAGAAAUUCCAGAAUCGUCAUUAAGCUGACUCACAGCGCGGUUAAUGUUUAUAUGAUUAUAAACCGCUGGAAUGCUGUAUUUAAUUCCUUCCGACAACAAAGCGCCGGAAUGCGACGAGCUCCUAAUAAUGACUUGAUCAGCGGGAAACAGGACAUUAAAGACAGAACUUGAAGGCAGCAUAACCCUAACCUACAGGCUGACCUCUGACCUCAGCCAUGACCUCUACUCGUGAGCACAGUAACAAUAUUUCACUGGUGUUGCUCAACAUAAAUGAAAGAGUUUUUAGAAGCGUUCUGCGCUUUCAUUCCCUUCCGUUUGCGCGUGCACGUGAUGGUCAGCGCUGAACUUUUAAUGAACUACCGCGCGCGGGCGCAGAUAUAGACCAGGGCGGAAGUGACGGGGGCGCGCGCGCUGGCCGAACGGAAGUGACGCGUGAGCCGGCUGAAAGAAAAGACAGACGUUCGCGCAGAAGCGAUCGCAUAAAACUCAAAUAAAAGAGCGUUCGGCGCGUGUGUUCGUGCCGCGGAUUCCCGCCGCUCGUGCAGAACUGUGACUGACUGAGGAUGGCGAGGAAGAGCGGUUAUAAAGAUGUGUCAGGAGUGGUGUUCGACACGCACUCGAAAAUGGUCAUGUCUCAAGGAGGAACGUUCGAGAAGAUGAAGGAAAAGAUAAACGCUGUGCGAGCCGUGGUUCCCAACAAGAGCAAUAAUGAGAUCGCUCUGGUGCUGCAGCACUUCGAGAACUGCGUGGAUCGAGCCGUGCAGGCAUUUGUAGAAGGUGGGGCUGUGGAGAUCCUGAAGGAGUGGAAUGUCACUGGGAAAAAGAAGCCCAGGAAGAAAAAGAAGCCUAAAGCGCAAAGUGAUGCUCCUGCAGACGUGGCUCCUGCCGAAGCGGCACCAGACGCCGAGGGUCAGGAGCCCAUUAAUGGUUUCCAUGCCAACGGUUCUGCAGCAGCCGAUGGUGAUUCAUUGGAUUCUCUGAGCGAGCAGCUGGACUCCGCAUCUCUGGAUGCAGUGGAGCUCGACUCGGAAACCACCGCCCCGGAGGAGGCCACAGGUGGAGGUGUGCCAUCCACGUCAAGCCCCGCCCCUCAGCCCAGCACCAAUCACGGAGCGCGACAGAACCAUCACAGAACCGGUAACAAGUCUCAAACCAGGCCUGUUUCCAGCUCCCACAAUCUCUCUGUGCCCGCUCCGUCCGAUGACGCGCAGCGAGGUCCUGCCGGCAGAAAGAUCGGGCCAAACGUCGAUCGCUCUGUGAAGGACCUGCAGCGAUGUGCAGCGUCACUGUCACGCUACAGAGUCGUGGUGAGAGAUGAGAUGGACUCCUCCAUCAAGAGAAUGAAGCAGACGUUUGCUGAGCUGCAGAGCUGUCUCAUGGAUCGAGAGGUGACGCUGUUCGCUGAGAUGGACAAAGUCAAAGCAGAAGCCCUGGCGAUUCUGGACGGCCGUCAGAAGAGAGCAGAAGAACUGAAGAGACUGGCUGACCAAUCAGCAUCACUGACAGAGGAGCAGCUCGCUGAGCUACGGGCUGACAUCAAGCACUUUGUCAGUGAGCGCAAAUAUGAUGAGGAUCUGGGUAAAGCUGUGAAGUUCUCCCAUGAUGUGGAGCCUCUGAAGUGCAGCAUCGUGUCAUUUGGAUCAGUGUAUCAUCCUCAGACAGGCUACUCCAGCCGUUCUCGUUGUAGCUCCACCUCUUCCUCAGUCACAGGCUCUGCCCCUGCCAAAGCCCCGCCUCCCCCUGAGCUCCAGCACCAGGCCUCGGCAUACACGGGCCGCCCCAGCGUGCCGCACAAACAGAUUUUCCAGGGCAACAGGCGCUUCAUUCAUGGCUACCAGGGCACUCAGCGAUAUAACGGAAACACGCACCCCGAGCGAAACCCCGGCCGAAGCGGCUACCGCUAUCAGAGCGACCUCGACUCCCAGCCGACCAAUAGCGCGAGAGGCUCCUCCCACUCCUCAGGCUAUCGCUCGGAUCGACCCGCCCACAACGGGCUUCCACAGAGGCAGCCGCGGACGCACGGCCCGUGACACACACACACACACAGCUGUCCGAUGAAGAGAAAGUCAAGUUUACAUCCGUUGAGCUGCUCUUCACUCUUCUGUCUUCUCUUCUGUCACAUUAGCGUUCAGUGUUAGUCUCAGUAGUUCCUGUGGUGAGUGUUUGCUCGUGGGCUUCCUCUUUCAAACGGUCAAGCGUUUCUCGGAUGAUCAACACUAAGGCAGAGUCGAUUGAAGCCGGCGUAUCGGGUGCUAACGCACGAGUCUUCACGCUCACGAUAUACCUCACGCUCUCAUUUCACGCUGCGCUCGCCGUCAGCCUCCUCCUGAAACACUCUGGUGGGAAAGCAUCUGCGCUGUGCAUGCUGGGACCGUCUGUGUUUGACCGCGAGAGCUCUUCUGUCUGGAUUGGGUUGCUGACAGCGAGUCUGUUUGUGUGUCUCUCUUUAGUUUCUGAAGCUUCACGUCGCUCUUCUCAGCUCAAUCCUGUAUAUAUGUAAACUAUAUGUAUAAUGUUUUGUAGCCUCCGGCCUUGUAUGUAGUGCGAUUUAUUAGUUCUCUGAUUGAACUCUGUUAUCAAGCAACUUCUGUUCUUCCUCGCGUAUGGAGAGAGAGAGACUAGUUUCUGUUUUUUUUUUCCAAAACGAUCUGAGACCGCUGUAAUCAAGUGCCUUCAGUCAUGCGCUUUGACCGUCUCGUUCCUCCUUCUCCGGUUCGGACCAAAGACAUCAGAUGCCGUCGCCUGCUCCUGCACUAGCAAACACUCAUUGUCUUUCUCGCUAAUUGGCCUACUUGCUUUUCCUUUAUUAUAAAUAAAGAAGGAUUGGUAGCAAAUGCUGAAACUGUUUGCAGACUCUUUUUCUCUUGAUGAAAUGUUUUAUGGAGCUGGGCUUGUGCUGAUUUUUCUUGCCAAGAGGUUUGUUUAUCGAAGCGCUCUUGAUCUUUGAGGUCAAUGGCAGCCUCUCCGAACUGAAUCCUGACCGCAGUGCCAUUUGCUUUAGGCUGAAUGUUUGGUGUUUUGCGCUGCUGACUUAAUUACAUUCAUGCAUCAAAUGCCACUGCUUCAGCAACUUACUCUAACACACAGGUGUUUGUUUUAUGGGUUCAUUCCGUAGGCAUAUUGGGUUUUCUACUGUACAGGCUGUAUUUUCUAUCCCCUAACCCUAUACCUCACACUAAACUUUCUGAUGUUUUUAAAACACUUCAUUCUGUAUGAUUUAUAAGCAUUUGGUGCCCAUAAUGUAGUGAAUACCAGUACACACACACUCUAAAAUGCUCAUCUGAUGACUGUGUGCAAAUGUAACAAAACAAGGACGUGACUGUUUCUUUAUAGCACACAUGCCCAGAGUAAACUUUCACACUGCUUUUUGUCCAAAGUGCAGUCAGUAGUUCAUGUUUCUGUCUGUGGAUCUGUCUCAGGUGUGUGUUAUUGGAGAUGGUCUAGCCCCAAAAUCGUGCUUAUGUACUCGACGAUCCUCAGACUCUCGUUCAUGUCCAUUUCUGGUUUAAGUGGGUUCAUGAAGCCAAUUUCCACAACUCUUUCAAAAACCAACUCCAUCCUUCAGAAGCACAAAACCAGAGGUGUAAUGAAGUACUUAAUGGGACAGCUUACCCAAAAAUAUCAGUGGAGUCAUUUACCCUCACCCUUCUUAUCACAAAACCUGUUGGCGAGUGAAAAUCAGGACUAAAAUCGUGCAGUGUGAACUCUGCUUAAGGGACCAUGAGGAAAGUGCAAGUUUUCGCCACACAAUUGAUCAUAAGCUGCUGGAUUCGGAAGUUAGCAUUGCUUCAUGCAUCGCUACGGUAUUGACAUGCAGAAUCAUUUCUGCUGUGGCGCAGCUCUAAAUGUAAUGAAUGUACAUUUCAAGUCUUGUACUGCUCAGAUUAAGGAAACUAUUUAUAAAUAAAAA